AUUUGUUCUUCCUCGGUAUAUUUUAGGGGGCGAACCAACCGGAAGAGACCUUUCGGUGGUGUUGUGUAGCAUCGUGAACGUUCCUUGGUGUUAUUCACAGCUUCUGUCCUCGCUCUUGAGCUCUUUAUAUUUCCUUCUCCAGAACUGUCAUCUCGUCCAGAAUGACUGACCGAUACAACAUCCACAGUCAGCUGGAGCAUCUUCAGUCAAAGUACAUCGGUACGGGACACGCUGACACCAGCAAAUGGGAAUGGCUGGUGAACCAGCACCGUGACUCUUACUGCUCCUACAUGGGACACUUUGACUUGCUCAACUACUUCUCCGUCUCUGAGAACGAGAGCAAAGCGCGUGUUCGCUUCAACCUGAUGGAGAAGAUGCUUCAGCCAUGCGGACCGCCAGCAGACAAACCUGACGACGCCUGAUGAAGAACAAGAAUGAGCUGUGGAUGUUUUUUUUGUCUUUCUUCCUGCAUAUAUUCUGUUAAAGAUUCCUGACCAUAAAAUUAGAACUUCAACAUCCCUCCAUGACUCAGUCAUCACUGACUGAACCAGAUCUUCAUAUUCUUUGCGUGUGGAGCUUUGAGGACAAUUGCCAACAAAGAGGAGACGACUGAGGGCUUCACAAGCUCAACAUUCACCAGAGAAGAUAAUAGAAAACCUGUCCAGAGUGGCGCACCGUCACCUGUCAAGUAUUUGUAUGAAGCGAUGAAGAUGUUUUUGAUAGAAAAUUCUGUUUUGAUUUAAUAAAAAUUUGUCUUUUUCCAUUCUGA